UCAGUUUCUGUUGUUAUGUCUCCCUUUACAGUUCUGAUUUUAUUAAUUUGGAUACUAGUCAUAGUCUGCCAUGGAAGGAAGUCAGGACAGGAUCCCAGGCAGGCUUACAUGCUAUUCCACACAGCAUUACCUGUGAUCAAGGAACUUGCUUCCCAGCUGGGGAGGCAUAGCAAGAAUCAUGGAGGCCGAUGCUUAAGCUUCAAGGUUGAAAAGUCUGGACGAUGGAAGAAUGAAGUUAAAGGCCUACUGAACAGACAGACUUUUUUUUCCUACAAAGAUAACAAAUGUCAUGCCAUUGAUGAUUUGGGGAACAAAAUUAAUGCCACAAAUUUCUGUGAAAAACAGGGUGACACUCUGACACAUGGAGUUGUCACUUUCAAAGUGUUGCUGUUUGAAAUAAUGGAGACUGAGACAAUCGCAGAGCCCCUUAUUCUGCAGGCCGACAUGUGUUGCCACUAUGAAAGAGACAAUCGUUUCAGUGGAUCCUGGAACGUUAGCUUCAAUGGAAGGAACAUGUUCCAUGUUGACACGAGCACUGACAACUGGACUAAAUUGGAUCCUAGACACAGGGAGAUCAUAAAGAUGUGGAGGAAAAACAAGGAUACAGCUUCCUUCUUAACCAAGAGUACACAGGGGGACUGCAGGACCUGGCUUGACGAGCUCAUGAUGCACUGGAAAGAACAUCCAGAGCCUACAGCCUUGCCAAGCACUGCUGCAGAUGUGGACCAGCCUCCAUCCAGGGCAUGCAUGCACAAGGCCUCUAUCCUGCUGAUAAUGUUCAGCUGCUUCCUCCUGUACAUUUCUAUGGAGAAUCCUUGA